GCUAGCUGUUACCAGACGAACGAGAUUUCGCUGAUUCGCCACAAAUAGCUUCAAGAAUCGUCUUUUCAAUCGACUUCUCUUUUUUAGAACUUUUCGAAAUAUGUCUUACUUGUCAUGGUAUGGGGGAAAUAAAGAAAACAAUAGGCCUACCAGUAAGUCUGACAAUCUAACAAGGAACUAUGGAAUGUUCUCCGAAAGGUCUCGAUACACAAAUUCGAGAUAUACAAGGAGUUUCUCUGAAGAUAGGUCUUUAGAAAAUGGACCAAGAAGAUUAAGAGCUGAAUCUGUGGAUAUUGAUUCAAUAACAAGAGAAAUUGAAGAAAGAACUGCUGCUAGAAAGUUAAGAAGAUUGUCCCAAGAAAGAGAAUUAGCAGCCCUGAGACAAACAGAUCUAACUACAUCAACAUUUUCGUCAUCAAAAUCUCCUGCUACCAGUACAAAUAGAUAUUCUCAGGAGAGAGAUGUUUCUGUUACGAAAUAUUCGAAUCAUAAUUCUUCUUUAACUAGACAAAUUGAUAGAGGAAAUGACAAGCAGAUCAACUCUUUACGAAAUAUUGUUGAUUUGAAAGAUUGUAUUGAGAAUAGUUCUUCACUUUCUACGACUGGCGAUUAUUCUAUGUCCAGAUGGGCCGAACCCCCAGAUUUUACACCAAACGACGUUCAAGUUCUUGAACUAAGAUCUGGGAAAAAAGCAACAGCCAUGACAGAAUUUCACCAAACGGAGAGGGGAAUGUCUGAGCAAGAAGGUAAUUGUCACAUAGAUUAUGCUGUUAGUAGGACAAGAAACAUUCAAGAUAAAAUGUCAUCAAUGGAAGAUUUUGUUCGAAGAAAUAGACGAAUGUUUCCCAGCGAUGUUGAAUUAUAUCAGAAUAUCAGAUAUUUUGAAUUAUCAGAGCAAGAAUUAAGAGCAAUGGGAGAAUCUCCUGACUCCAAUAUCAUUGGAAUUAAAGUACGUGAGAAGAUUCUUCUUCCACCUGGUUCUGAGGACAGCGCAUACAUUCUGAAAAAGGUUUACGGAAAGAAAAGAGAAGAAAUUGAUGAAAGUGUACUUAAAAUGAGAACUAAAAAACAAAUUGCUGAAGAUGAUGAAGAAGAAAGUCAGAAAACUUUAUAUAAACGUAUCAGAGAGGAAGUAGAAAGGAAACAUGAGAAAAGGGAAACUCGAAGAAUUCUCGGUGACGAAGAUUACAUCACAAACCAAGCAACAAAAUACAGAAGAAAAGCUGAUGACUAUAACCAUGUGCACUCCUUUCUAACGCCCAAGUAUAUCAAAUCGAUCUAUCACGAUGCUGGAGCGGAAUACGAUGAAAUUUAUCAAAAGAAGAAGAAACCUAGGGAAAAGCAUUCUAUAAUUAAAAGAAGUAGAUCUGAAGAACCAGAAAUUCAUCGAGUACGAAGAAAACAAUACACCGAAGUCCCGUCUUUUACAGCAAGAUUGAGACCAAAACGGUCCAUUGUUAGAGGCAUAGCAAAAUUUUCUUGUAGCGUUUUAGGGUAUCCUUUCCCAAAAGUUAAAUGGUUCAAAGGUCAAAAAGAACUAAAAAGCGAUGAAAAACUACGGAUAACUAAUGAUUUUGGGUUAUUAACUCUUGAAAUUAAUAAUGUUCAACAUUCUGACGCCGGAAUAUAUGCAGUAAAAAUAUGGAAUUCAGAAGGAGAGAAAUCCUGCAGUGCAGUACUAGAAGUAGAUGAUUUUAAUGAGGAAUACGAAAUACCAAAUUCUGGUACAUUUCCUCAUUUCGUAAAAGAAGCUAAUAUGGUUCAGAAAGAUGUUGGAAAUGAUUUUGAAAUAUCCGUUCAAGUUACCGGAAAUCCUCUACCGUCAUUUAAAUGGUUGAAAGACAAUACAACUAUUCGAGAAAGCGGAAAAGUUCAAAUAACGAACGAUGACGCCGGUUCCUGUAAGCUAUUUGUUAAAAAUGCUCAAGUAUCUGACUCGGGGCUGUAUUCUUGUUUGGCAUUUAAUAGUAUUGGUAAAACUAUUAGUAGUUCAUCUGUAACUAUAACUGAUCUGUCCAAUAAGAAACGUUAUGUUGAUGAGGAUAGUAUUGAUGCUACUAUGGAUAAACCGACUUAUUCUAUGGACGAUAGAGGACCUUUAAUAAAAGGAACUAAACCCUGGUUUUUAAAAGUUUUACCUUCAAAGGCCAACGUACCUUUAGGUGAUCCCAUCGAUUUAGAAGUCGUUAUAGAUGGCGAUCCUAAGCCUGUUGCUGUUUGGUCAAAAGAUGGCGCAAGAGAGUUUACUUAUACGGAAAGACAUCGAAUGGUUGCCUUUGGAAAUCAUUAUAUUCUUCAAAUAAGAUCAGCCUUAGAAACAGAUGCUGGAUACUAUGCUGUUACUGCUGAGAAUCAAUAUGGUAAAAUCGCUGCGACCUGUUGGAUAAAUAUGCUGCCCAGAAGGAUUGAAGGGGACGAUAUCGAAGUUCAAAAAUACGUUUUCGAUCACGAAACUCCUCUUAAUGCUGAAGGGAAAUAUCCACCUAAAUUUAUUAAAAAACUUCCCUACGAAGAGGAAAUAUCUUCUGGAAAGAAUAUAAAUAUUGAAUGUUCAGUUAAUAAUCAUGUUCAAAAGACAACAACUACUGAAGAAUUUCAAAUGACAAAGAGUGAACAAGUUUCCUCUGAGGUCAUCGUAGAAAAUUACGAAUCUAAACUCAACGAUCUUUCACAGCAAAUCGUAAAUAAUGCUUUCAAUGAUGCUCAAAAUUUACUCAAUGACUCAGAUAACAAAGAGGCUUUAUUAGAUAAAAAAGUUAAUGAGAAUAAUGAAAAUUCCACAAAAGAAGUUGCAGCUGAGAGUAAUGAAAUUGCUGAAGAUGUUAACAAUGAGAAAAUUCUGGAUAAAUCAUCUAAUGAGAAUAAUACUGAUAUGAAUGAAAAAACAGCAGAAAUUCAGACUAAACCUAUUCUAGAGAUUAAAAAUAAGGAACAAGAAUCAGUUAUUAUUAAUCAUAUAGUUGAUGAAGAUGAUCUAAAAUCAAAAUGUGCUGAAGAGAGAGAGGAUUCAGACUCCAAAAUUGUUGAGACUAAACUUCAAGCAGAAGAGGAAACUCGAGUAGAAGAGAAAAUCACUGUUGAAAAUAAAGAAAAGGAAAUUAAAGAUUUCGUAGAUGUGCUGGAGAAAAAUGCUGAAAAAGAUCAAGUUGAUAGCGAUCAGAAAGAAGAAAUCCAGCAGAAUGAAACUGUUGAAGAAGAAAUAGUAUGUUCUGAAAUGAUAAAAGUUGACAGUGUUGAUAUUAAAGUGGAAGUUGAAGAAGAUAAUUCACCUGACGUUUUUACGAAUGAAAAAGGAAACAAAGACGAAAAGUCUGAGAUAGAUUCCUCCGAAAUUUCAUCUUCAGCAGCUUCACAAACGUCUAAUACUGAAGCUACAACAUCGGAGGCCGAUGAAUCGACUGACUCGAAAUCCACAGUAUCAGAAAAGGAAUCCGUCGUAUCCAAUACUUCUGAAUCUAAAACAUCUGUAACUGAAAGUUCAGAAUCUUCUAAUACGAAAUCUUCAUCAUCCGCUCCAGCAAAAACUUCAUCUUCCUAUUCAGAAUCUUCUAAAUCUGAAACUUCUACAGCACGAUCCUCGACUUCAGAGGUUUCUGAAUCUGUGACGUCCUCAUCGUCGCCUACGUCGAGGUCGGAAACUCCAGUUUCUGAUGUUUCUUCGUCGAUCGUAUCUGAAUCUGACAAGAGUGUCGAGGUUAAAUCUCAAGUCGUGAAAUCAAUAGAAAUAAAAGAGGACUUGGAAUCUCAAACUACUAUUUCCGAAACUAAAAAUGCAGAUGACAUCUCCAGAGAAAAUCAAACGGAAACAGUGACAAAGGCUAUUGUUGUUGAAGAAGAAAAGAAGGAAGAAGAAAUAGAUGGUAAAAUAUUUGUUACACAAUCAAAGACAGAGCAGAUGGAAACAACUGAAACAAGCGUUACUAUUAAAACGAUUGUCCAAGAAAGUAAGAAAGAAGUUGUUAGAGAGAAAGAUUCAGGGACAAAUGAUAAUAUUCUCUCCAAAUCUGAAUCGAUAUCAACAAGUGACAGUUUUGAAUCAACCGAUAGUUCACGACGUUCUUCAACUAACGAAUCCGAAUCACGAAAAAAUGACACUGAAUCGGAAAGCAGCGAGGAAAGUAGUGAAACAAGUAGUGAAGAAUCUAGCGAAGAUGAAGAGGAUGAUAACGUUGGGCAGGAGGAAAAGAAAGAAGAUCAGAAAGAAGAUAACAAAAAGUCAACAGUUGAACAAGUGAAAGAGAAAAUAGACGAUAGAAAAGAUAAAAGCGACGCUGAUGAAGUCAAUGGAGAAGAUGAUGAUAGUGAUGAUGAUGAUAGUGAUGAUGAUGAUGAUGAUGACAAUGAAUCUAGUUCAGAAAAUACUGAAACUGAGAGUAGCGAAGAAAGUGACUAGACUGACGAAUUAUAGGCCUUAUUUUCCCUUCAAAAUAUUUGUUAAGUAUUUUCACUUUGUCUUUUGUAAAGCAUAUUUUAAUACCAAAAAAAGCUUAAUAACUACCUUGAAAACAGAUAAUUCUUAGAAUAAACGAAAUCUUAU